ACGGGAAACAUUUUGGCUCCGGAAUAACUGUGCUCGUUCCACAUUCACUUAGAUGUUUGUUUUAGUGGAAAAAAAGAAUUAAAUAAAAUUUUAAUUGUUUAGUUGUUAAGUGUAUGAAGUGCUUUUUUGGCUAUACGAAUCAAUGUUUUUGAUUAUGUUCGUCUGCAGUUAUUUGAAUUAUUGAGUGUAAACUGGUGCAAAAUCGAAACAGUGGAAAUUUAACAACCAACCAUCACAUCCGGGGCUAUGAACAUGACCAGUUACGCGAAAUCCUCGAAACAGAAAUCAAAAUUCAAUAGAAUGUAACAAAUGCAAGUGCUUAGACCGACAUUUGUUCGGCAAAUAAUUCUAACGAAAAAAUGGAAAAUGAAAUAAAUUCAAGUGUGGUGUAUUGUCGUCGUCCAAGUGUGAAUCAUGUACGCGGUUUGGAAAAUUUAAAAAAUCGUCGAAUCAGUCGACGCCAAAGUGUCGGUUGUAACAGUGAUAUUAAUGCUAGCAUAAAUAGCAAUUCGACAGUGAUGGGUGGUGGUCGAAACUAUUAUCAGCACAGUAAUAAACAUCGUGUUGCUGGUAGCGGUGAAUCGACAUGCUCGAAAAGCACAAAAUCGACCACAUCGUCCGGCACAUCAUGUACGGGUAUUUCAUGUAGUGAUGAUGGCGAAUCGAGUACAACAUCCGGUGAGCCAAAUCUUCCAUAUCCCGGAUUUCCAGAAAUUGCUUUGAAAUAUUUGCCACAAGAUGCCUGGCCGAGGAGUUGCUGUUUGAGUCUGAUUACGAAUCCAUGGUUCGAACGUGUGUCCAUCCUAGUAAUUUUGCUCAAUUGUGUUACAUUGGGAAUGUAUCAACCAUGUGUUGACGAUGCCUGUGUAACGAAUAGAUGUAAAAUAUUGCAGAUUUUCGACGACAUUAUAUUCGCGUUCUUUUCAUUAGAAAUGACAAUCAAAAUGAUGGCAAUGGGGAUGUGGGGUAAAAACACCUAUCUGGCUGAUUCAUGGAAUCGUUUGGAUUUUUUCAUUGUUUGUAGCGGUGCAUUUGAAUAUUGUCUUCACAUGGAAAAUUUAAAUUUAACAGCAAUCAGAACAAUACGGGUACUACGCCCGUUGAGAGCUAUAAAUCGCAUUCCAAGUAUGCGAAUUUUGGUAAUGUUGCUGUUGGAUACGCUCCCUAUGCUUGGCAACGUGUUGCUGUUAUGCUUUUUUGUAUUUUUUAUAUUCGGAAUAGUUGGAGUUCAAUUGUGGGAAGGCAUAUUGAGACAAAGAUGUGUUUUACAAUUACCCGAUCACGUGAUCCCACCCAGGGGACUGCCAGACGAGUACAGAGUUCGAGUCCGUGUCAAUUCUGUUUCCUUUUACUACGAAUUCUCCAAAGAACAAGAUUACAUCUGCUCUCGUCCGGAAGAUUCGGGUAUGCAUCUGUGUUCCGAGCUUCCUCAGUACAGAGUUGGCGCUAUGCUAUGUAACGCAUCUGCACAAACAUUUUCCCCAAACCAUCCCACUAACACAUCAUGUGUUAAUUGGAACCAAUACUACACAAAUUGCACUCAGCUCGGUGGAAAUCCGUUCCAAGGGACUAUCUCUUUUGACAAUAUUGGCAUGGCAUGGGUGGCUAUAUUUCUGGUAAUCUCGUUAGAGGGUUGGACCGAUAUAAUGUACUAUGUUCAGGAUGCACAUAGCUUUUGGGAUUGGAUCUAUUUCGUGCUGCUUAUUGUUAUUGGGUCGUUUUUCAUGAUAAAUCUGUGCUUAGUUGUUAUCGCAACGCAAUUUUCCGAAACGAAAAAACGUGAAAUGGAGCGUAUGAGACAAGAACGAGCUAGGUACACAUCGAAUUCCACGUUGGCGUCGAGUACAAACAACUCAGAACCAGCCACAUGCUACGCAGAAAUUGUUAAGUACAUAGCUCAUCUGUGGCGCAGGAAUAAACGACGACUAAUUAAGAAGUUACGAUUGUAUAAAUACCAGCGUCAAUUACGCCAACAAGAGGAAGGUUUGCUACCAGAUGGCGAAACGUUAACGUUAUCGCCCAGCCGAAUAAAAUGUCAUCAUCCGAAAUGUCCACGUACCAGUCAAAAUUCUACAACCAACAUUCAAGAUCAAUUGAUUACCGUUAUGGUACCGCUGAAUGCUUCGCGUAGCGCGCCGCCUGCAAGUAGUAAUGACAAUCAUAUCUCUUCACCGGAAAAUUCCGACUCCAUGGAUCACAGUAAGAAUGCAACGAAGAAAAAUGGUACGGUUCAGGACGGUAAAGAUGAAAAACAGAAAACGUUCAGAUUGAGAUUACCGAGCACCAACGAAAGUGAACAAUUAAUUAAUCCCUGUUCUUCGAAUUAUUUAAACACAUGCAAUUCGCCAACGGCAGCUCGGCGGCGAUCGGCUGUAAUGUUCAAUGAGUAUGUAAUCCUGCAUACUCCUCCAGCCAACCACCAAGCGAAUGACAAGAACAUCUGUUCAGCAGAGAAAACUACUCAAACUGGUGAUGGUAACAUUUGGCAGGUAAACCUUCCCCAACAGAAUGUAAAUUCGCAGACAUUGUCCAAUGUGUUUGCUGACUGUUCGGACUUGGGUCUAAAUGAGACAAUGACGUGUCAAGAGCUGCUUGCAUUUUCCGUUGCUUUUUCGGCUGCAUUGCCUACAAGUCAGACGACCCUUGAGUCAUUUUAUACAUCGCUGGCCAGGAACGAUACCGGUCAACAAGAUAAACCAGUUCAAAAUACUGCCAACUAUUAUGAAGACUUUUCGUGCUGUUAUGAUUUAUAUCAAAAUGCUGCCCUGAAUGACACCGUCGAUGAGAAAAGGUCUCACAGUAAAGUUUACCGAUCAUGUGCGAUAAUGUGGAAAGUGGUGAAUAAAGUGGCCGGAUAUGUCCGACGAUAUGUUCGUAUGCUGGUCGAGUAUAAAUACUUUCAACAAGGAAUUUUAUUGGCCAUAUUGAUAAACACUCUAUCAAUGGGAAUUGAAUACCAUAAUCAACCGGACGAGUUGACAGCUAUUGUGGAAACGAGCAAUAUUGUGUUCUCGGGCAUUUUUGCUGUGGAAAUGUUGUUGAAAGUGAUUGCCGAGGGGCCGUUCAAGUAUAUCGCUAAUGGAUUCAACGUUUUCGAUGGAGUUAUCGUUAUAUUGAGUGUCUUCGAACUGGCUCAGCAAUUCCUCGGUGUUGGCGAAGGAAAUUCCGGGCUCAGUGUUCUGAGGACAUUCCGAUUGUUGCGUAUUCUAAAGUUGGUGCGUUUCAUGCCAAAUUUACGACGUCAACUAUUUGUUAUGCUACGGACAAUGGACAAUGUUGCGAUAUUUUUUUCGUUACUCAUUUUAUUUAUCUUCAUCUUCAGCAUUCUUGGCAUGUAUCUCUUUGGGGGUAAGUUUUGUAAAUUCACCGACGAUGAUGGACAAGAAAGAGAAUGUACUUGUCCAGAAAUCAUUAGCAAACAUCCAUACUGCGAAUGUGAUCGUAAACAUUUCAACAACAUUUUAUGGGCUACUGUUACCGUAUUCCAAAUUCUAACACAAGAAGACUGGAAUGUUGUGCUAUUCAACGGUAUGGAAAAAACAAGUCAUUGGGCCGCAUUAUACUUCGUUGCUUUGAUGACAUUUGGCAAUUACGUUUUGUUUAAUUUAUUGGUUGCCAUUCUGGUAGAGGGAUUCAGUUCAGAGAGAAACGAACGAAGGGAACGAGAGCAAAGAGAAUUGGUGAAAAAGCUAAGAGAAGAAAAUGAAACGAUAAACGAUUUGAUUUAUGAGGAGGCGAGAAGUUGUUCCGAAUCAACAACCACGAGUGAUAGUUAUCAUGAAAUUAAAAAUAAAUGGCACAGUGCAGAAGAUGUGAGAAAGGUUCCUAAAUGUAACAUACAAAAGCAGAGAAUGUUACAGCCAACUUUUACCAACGAUGCCACAUUGGAGCGGGAAGGCUCUAAACGGAAUUCCGAUAAGUCGAUCGAUAGAUUCGUUCCAAAUAAACAGUUAACUAAGACCUACUCGAUCAAGGAACGUCGAACUGACGGUCCUAAACUGAAUAUUAAAUGUCGCAAUCAAGAUCCACCAAUAAUAACAACAACUGCCGCCACACCGCAAGACUCGCCUAAUACGACAUUAGAGCCGGGCGCCAGUUUCAGACAUUGGGAGAGUGCGGAUUUAGAAAGUUUGGGCAAAUCGGAUAGCAUUCCAUCACUUCUUAAACCUCCAUCCAUAAUUGGCAGUUAUAAAUCGCUCAACCGAAUUGAAGAACAAGCGCCAAAGAUAAUACAAAUUGAGGCAAAAUCAAUAUUACCGCUACAAUCGUCCAUUCAGGAGGAUAAAGACGCCAAAGACAAUGUACCUGAUACAAAUGACCCACCAUCAACACCAACAGCAAUACCUUCAGUCCAACCACUCAUUCAGAAAAAAUCUAGUUUUAAAAAAUUUAGUCGAACAAGUUCAAAGAAGAAGAAAGGCCGCACAAAAUGUGAAAGUGAUACAGAAGUGGUAUUGAACAAUGGCCGUGAUCAGCACGCUAAUACCACCACGUCGCAAACGCUACGAAAAAAUGACAAUUUAAUGCAAACAGCAAAUCGAAUACAAAACGACACCAAGGACACCAAUCGAAUUAGUCCGCAGAGUUCAUUUCGUCAAACAUUGGCCACACGACGAGCGUCGGCAAUGAUCAACAAUUCACAAUUGCUGCAGCACUUCGGUCAACAAAACGCACUGAAAAACCAUCCAAUUGCAAACUAUCGACGAAGAAUGUCUUCGAUUGAACAGGUUUUCGAGAAGACUUCGAACAUAAAUCUGUGCAAUUUGGAGAGCAACAAAAGCAGCGAGUUCAUCGAUUCCAAAUUGAAUUUACAAAAUUUACAUAAGUCUUUGCCCAGUGUUAAUGAAGAUGAACUGAAUGUAACGUCCACUAUACCAGAAAAUGAGACUAAAAUACAGAAAAUGAUACGCGAGUACACCGAGGAACGGGAAACGUACUCGUUGUACAUUUUCGCAGAAGAUAAUCGAUUUCGUUACAUAUGUACAUGGUUUGUUAACCAGAAAUGGUUCGACAAUGUAAUUUUACUUUUUAUUGCGCUGAAUUGCAUAACAUUAGCAAUGGAACGACCGAAUAUACCACCGAAUUGUACCGAGCGAUAUUUCUUGGCGACGGCAAAUUAUGUGUUUACCGCAGUCUUUACGGUCGAAAUGAUGAUCAAAGUCGUUGCUGCAGGAAUGUUUUAUGGUGACGAUGCGUAUUUCAACUCUGGAUGGAAUAUAAUGGAUGGAUCGCUUGUCAGUAUAUCAAUUAUCGAUUUGCUGAUGUCGCUUGUAAGCGAUUCUAGUCCCAGAAUUUUUGGAAUUUUACGGGUAUUCCGUCUAUUACGGUCACUUCGUCCGCUACGUGUAAUUAAUCGAGCGCCCGGUCUGAAAUUGGUCGUUCAAACAUUGCUGUCGUCACUGCGACCGAUAGGAAAUAUCGUCCUAAUUUGUUGCACAUUUUUCAUUAUUUUCGGUAUUCUUGGCGUACAGUUGUUCAAGGGAACAUUUUUCUACUGCGAAGGUGUGGAAAUUAAACACGUGAAAAAUAAAACCGACUGCCUUGCCAUACCGGGAAACGUCUGGAUCAACCGCAAAUACAAUUUUGACGACUUGGGCAAAGCGCUAAUGUCUUUGUUCGUGUUGUCGUCGCGUGAUGGAUGGGUGAACAUUAUGUACACUGGUCUGGAUGCUGUAGGCGUCGAUCAGCAACCUAUUGUUAAUUUCAACGAAUGGCGUCUCUUAUAUUUCAUUGCUUUUAUUCUGUUAGUUGGAUUUUUUGUGUUAAACAUGUUUGUAGGCGUUGUGGUGGAGAACUUCCAUCGCUGUCGCGAGGAACAAGAAAAAGAAGAGAAAAUUCGCCGAGCGGCCAAACGAGCACUACAGAUGGAGAAGAAGAGACGAAGAAUGCACGAACCUCCGUAUUAUACAGGAUAUUCGCCGAUUCGAUUGUUUGUGCACAAUGUUGUUACAUCAAAGUACUUUGAUUUAGCAAUAGCUGCUGUAAUCGGAUUUAACGUUAUCACAAUGGCUUUGGAAUAUUAUAUGAUGCCGAUUGCAUUGGAGUAUACACUGAAAAUAUUCAAUUAUUUCUUUACGGCUGUUUUCAUAUUGGAAGCUAUCAUGAAGCUAAUUGCACUUGGAUUCAAAAUUUAUAUGAAAGAAAAAUGGAAUCAGCUCGAUGUGGGUAUUGUAAUAUUGUCUGUGGUCGGAAUUGUGUUGGAAGAACUGGAAACCAACAUCAUACCAAUAAAUCCAACAAUCAUUCGAGUGAUGCGCGUCAUGCGAAUCGCUAGAGUCCUCAAACUACUGAAAAUGGCCAAGGGUAUACGGGCUUUGCUGGAUACGGUGAUGCAAGCCCUUCCACAAGUCGGAAAUCUUGGUUUACUAUUUUUCCUAUUGUUUUUUAUAUUUGCCGCACUGGGAGUGGAACUGUUCGGUCGAUUAGAAUGUUCCGAAGAGAAUCCGUGUCAAGGGCUUGGCGAGCACGCUCAUUUCGCUAACUUUGGCAUGGCUUUCUUGACGCUAUUCCGUGUCGCCACCGGCGAUAACUGGAAUGGAAUCAUGAAAGACACGUUAAGAGAUGAGUGUGAUGAUGCAGCCGAUUGUGUGAAAAAUUGCUGCGUUAGCACCGUCAUUGCUCCCAUAUUUUUCGUAAUUUUUGUGCUAAUGGCACAAUUUGUACUCGUUAAUGUUGUGGUGGCUGUAUUAAUGAAGCACCUGGAAGAGAGCCACAAACAAAUGGAAGAUGAAAUGGAUAUGGACACUGAAUUGGAGCGUGAAUUCCAACAGGAACAAGAGUUCGAAGAAGAGCAAGCUCUGUGCAUGCAAUUGCAAGAGGAAGAGAAUUUGUUCCAGAAACGUCCACUAGCCAAAAUCCAAUCUCUUCCGCCUAAUUUUACUUAUAGUACGCCAAUAUUUGAAAAUAAAUUCAAUGCACAACGUCGUCAAACCAUGCACUAUUUUAAUCAAACACUUCGCCAGUCAACCGACCGUACUCACAUAUUCGAUGAGAAGAAUAUUUUGGAGACCGUCGAAAAUAAUAUCAAUCGAGAAAGUGAACGAUCGCGAAAGAGUUCAAAAGGAAGUGGUGAAUUGAAAAAAGAAAUCAACCUACGACGAGCUGGACUGAGUAAAAGGCUAACCAAGGAAAUGUCAUUGGACGAAGAUGCUGGCCGUCGGAAAAGUCGCAGUGAAAUGAAACGGAUGAGUUGUGACAAUUUGCCGUGGAAAAUGGAAAAGAAUUGCGGCAAAUCGAAAUUCAUCGAGUUGUCGCGCGAAGACAAAAACAAAGACGAUUCAAUGGCUGACAUGAUAAUGAGAUCGCUUGACGACAACAAAAUUGGUCAGACCAAAGAGACUUCAGAUGGGAACAAAGAUUCCAGGGAUAAUACAGGAAAUAAAUUAUUUUUAUCGGUUCCAAAGCUACAGCCGGCACGAAAUCGAUCGGGUAGCACCAAGCAAUUGUUCAAGCAGAAGGCAAUGGACGAUGAACAAGAGAUUGACGAGAAUUCAUUACUGCUACCGUCAGUAUCCAAAUCCAGCAAGCAGUCAGACUAUUGGGAUGGAAAGGAAUUGUCCAAUAUGCCUGAUCGCAGUGAUGGCGGUGAAAAUACGAUCAAUAAAUCGGAUUCAUCGGAAAUUUUACGCAUCAUAUCGGAGCGUAGAAUGUUGGAGAAACGUGACAUCGUCGAUAAUAGUGACACUUUUGAAUACAAUCAAUUAAUGAGUAAAAAAUCACCUCAUCCCUCAUCUACAUCUAUUAAUUGAGACAAAAGGUAAAUUAAAUAAAUAAAAAAAAUGGAUGGACAUUAAGAAGUUAAAUAUAUAUUUAUCCUUCUAAUAAGCCAUACAACACACAAAGAAUUUAUUUUCAAUAAAAAAAAACCAAGAAAAAAACAAAAUAAAUUUAGAGAAACAUUCUUGAUAAUCAAAUUUAAUUAUAGUGAAAAGAAAUUUCUAUAUUAGUGAAUGGAGCAAUACUACUAACUAAUUAUAUUAUACUAUAAAAUGAAACAAAACAAAAGGAAAAUAUUUAUAGAAAUGACGAAAUUAUUAUGAAAAUGUGAGACAGUGGUGUCUCUGUCUUUUUCGAAUCAUUUUUUGCAUCAACUAAUUACUGUUUUAGAUCAGUCAAAAUGCUAUUUUACAAAUGGGACAAAAUGUAUUGCAGCGACAAAAUUUCUGGGUUUACCAAUAGAAUGUUUCCUAUUUACAAAUAUCUUUGAGCACUUUACCGUUAUUUCACUUAAUCUUGACCAAUAUCGGGAAAAUAUAAUGGUAAGCCCGAAUAAAACAACGUUAGAAUAUUACCAUCCUUUCACAUUCUCUUCUUCCCAUUUCCAUACACAAUUUCCUAUUUCCGCAUCUCUAUAGCACAAACAUUUAAUGAAAAAUGUUCAGGUCGAAUGAAGAACGAAAAAUUUUAGUUUUCUGUUGCCUACGCCUCAACGGAUUGGAUUUACUAGAGCAGUUCGAUCGAACUACUUCUUGUACAUUGAUACAUUGAUAAAUGAUUUACUUUUUCAUGGGUUUUAUUCGUUUCAUUUGUUCAACGUUAAGUUGUUAUCUUCAUAUUUCAAACAUUGAAAACGAUGUAUACCUCUGUAAUCGGUUAAAAACGAUUAUAGUCAAUCAGUUCUACAAUGACAACUAAAAUAAUAGACGAAAUAUCUGCUUAACGAAAGAAAUAGAAGAUUUGAUAUCCAACAUUUGAGAAUAUUUCAUACAAAAGAAGUAACAGAUUUAAUAGUUACACCGCUCAUGCCGUGUAUAAGUUACAAUUUAAAAUGUGAAAAUCAUAGAAAAUGAACAGACCCACGUGGAGUGACCAUCUCUCUCUCUCUCUCUCUCCGCAGUAGAUCAUUUAACGAUCCCGAUCAUCAACACCACGUUACGCCCUUUUCCGUCUACUCAAAUUGAAUGUCAUAGUUCGGACUGCGAUGUAGCUGUAUAACUGUAUUUUGACUGAUCUAUCAAACAUAAGAGUGCUGUUGUAGAAGAAUGUUUUCGUUGUUGAUGAAAUCUAAUCUUUUGCAUUUUAGCUCGACCAAAAUACUUGAUUUUUGUAAAAUUUGAUGAACCAUAAUCACUAAAUUAGGGAACAUACUCAAUAUAAUAACUCACUUGUAUUCUACAAAGAACAAAAAAAAUAAAAUUUUAUUUUCUUUGAAUGUAAGUAUUUAGAUGUUGCAACAGAGCUCUAUAUAUUCAUACAACAAAAAAGCAGAAGAAGAAAACUAAUUAAUUAAAUAUAUUCAUAAAAAGUCGAAAUAUGAAAUUGUUUGUAAAAAAAAUUAUUUUCGAGUAACAAAAAAAAAGGUUUUAGAACAUUUUUAUUGUAUUCACUUUUCUCUAUUGCUAGAGGUAAUAUGUGCCUAUUAUAACAUACACAAUUUAAACUAUGAACUUUUUUCUAUUAAGAAACUUUCAAUUUUAUGUGAAUCGGCAAUUUUGACUUCAAAACCUUAUAUGUGGGACGCUUGGGUAAGAUUAGUUUCAC